UCAGGUCAGCUGAUCAGCAUAGAUCAAUUAAAUUCAUAGGAGAAGUAACGUGGACAAAUAGAACUUCAUUUAUGUGAUCUUUUUAUUUGGGAUUAUGCAACAUUAUAUCAGUUAUUUAACUUUUCUUUAAUCGCGAACAUCGAUUGGCUACGAGUCUUUCAGAUUCGCUUCCUUCUCACUCUAUUGAUCGCGCUUCUAAUCGUCUGAUUUCUAAUCAUUGAAUUUUAUUUCGUCAAAUAGUAGUCUUCUUUUCUCUUCGAGGUACGAGGAAUAUAACAUCCGAAAAUGAAUCGUGUCACAAAGAUCCUUAAGAGUAAGGAAACUCGUGACUAUUUUAUGAGCACGCAUUUUUGGGGUCCAAUCGCUAAUUGGGCUAUACCGAUUGCUGCCCUUGCCGAUAUUCGAAGAGAUCCUAAAUACAUAAGUGGAAAAAUGACUUUUGCUUUAUGUUUAUAUUCAGUAAUGUUUAUGAGAUUUGCAAUCAGAGUGGAACCACGCAAUAUGCUUCUAUUUGCCUGCCAUUUUGUUAAUGAAGGUGCACAAAUUACACAAGGUUGUAGAUUUAUAAAACAUCAUUAUCUCAAUAAAAAAGAAUAAAUUAAGAAAUAGAUGAUUACUUCGUCAAAAAACAAAAUAU